UCUGAGGCUGAGGGGAAGCAGCAGCAGCAGCAGCAGCAGCCCAGUAGUGGUGGUCUUCGGCGGUGUUCUGUGGGGUGUUAGUGUUUAACGCAGAGCAGCGGACCUUCUCUCAGUAACACAGGUUCCCCUGGUUAAAGCGAAGCUGGAGCAGACAGUGCACUACCCGCCUCAGUGCCAGUGGACUGGUACGGAGAGACAACCGCCUCCCUGGACCGACGAACUGGCCGAAAUGUCCCGGCAUAUCUACACCCGACACGGGAUAGGAGACGGUGUUCAGAAGCCCAUUUUUCAGGUGAACAGAGGAACCUAUUCUCGCCGCAGUCGACUCAAGAGGUCAGAUGGUAGCACCACCUCCACCAGCUUCAUCCUCCGCCAGGGUUCAGCUGAUUCCUACACUAGCAGGCCGUCUGACUCAGAUGUGUCUCUGGAGGAGGAGCAGGUCGGCCGUCAGGAGCGAGAGCAGCAGGCCACGGUGCAACUCGAGAGGGCAAAGGCCAAAGCAGUGGCCUUCGCAGUGAAAACAAACGUCAGUUACUGUGGGGCUCUGGAUGAGGACGUUCCUGUGGCUGGAACUGCCAUUUCUUUUGAUGCUAAAGACUUUCUGCACAUCAAAGAGAAGUACAACAAUGACUGGUGGAUAGGGCGACUGGUGAAAGAGGGCUGUGAUAUUGGUUUUAUUCCCAGCCCUUUAAAACUGGAGAACAUCCGUCUCCAGCAGGAGCAGAAGAGAGGACGCUUCCAUGGGAAGUCCAGUGGGAACUCCUCCUCCAGUCUGGGAGAGAUGGUGUCCGGCACCUUCAAACCUAACCCUCCCUCUGCUGCAAAACAGAAGCAGAAAGUGGCUGAGCACAUUCCUCCUUAUGAUGUUGUCCCCUCCAUGAGGCCAGUGGUUCUGGUUGGACCUUCUCUAAAGGGAUAUGAGGUGACAGAUAUGAUGCAGAAAGCUCUCUUUGACUUCCUGAAGCACAGAUUUGAUGGCAGGAUAUCUAUUACAAGAGUGACUGCAGACAUCUCUUUAGCAAAGAGAUCUGUGCUAAACAACCCUAGCAAGAGAGCCAUCAUUGAAAGAUCCAACACCAGGUCAAAUCUGGCUGAAGUUCAGAGUGAGAUUGAGAGGAUCUUCGAACUGGCCAGGUCUCUUCAGCUGGUUGUGCUGGACGCUGACACAAUCAACCAUCCAGCCCAGCUCAUUAAGACCUCACUAGCACCUAUUAUCGUCCAUGUGAAAGUGUCCUCUCCCAAGGUCUUACAGCGACUGAUCAAAUCGCGUGGGAAGUCACAGAGCAAGCACCUGAAUGUACAGUUGGUGGCUGCAGAUAAAUUGGCUCAGUGUCCUCCAGAAAUGUUUGACAUCAUUUUGGAUGAGAACCAGCUGGAGGAUGCCUGUGAACACUUGGCAGAGUACCUGGAGGCCUACUGGCGAGCAACACACACCUCUCUGAGCACUCCACUCAACCCUCUACUGGGACGCAACCUGGGGUCCACUGUCCUCUCUCCAUACCCCACAGCAAUCUCUGCUCUGCAGGGCCAAAGAAAUAGAAACAGCAAUCAUGUCAAUGACCAUUCCCCAAUCGAAAGGCGCAGUCUGAUGACCUCAGACGAAAACUACCACAACAACGAGCGGCAGCGGAAGAGUCGCAACCGUCUGUCGUCCACAUCCCAGCAGAGCCGAGACCACUACCCACUGGUGGAGGAGGACUACCACGACCCCUACCAGGACACGUACAAACCCCACCGCAACCGGAGCUCUCCGGGGGGAUACAGCAACGACUCUCGCCACAGGCUCUGAGUCCAGCCUCCACACCUCUACAGCCACAGUUCCAGUGUCUUGUGUUGAGUCCUUUUUCUGAAGUAUAGUACCUUGUAUUCUCUCUGACACUGGUUCCCUCCAAUGGGCUGUCUAACCUUCUGCAUAGAUCUGGCCACUUUUGCCUUUCAUUAUGAGGCUGUUGUCUGCAAAGUGUUUGCAAAAGAAUUUGGAGGUCCUCUAGUUAGGAAAUACCCUACUGAGAGAGGGAAAUUAUGGUACUGAAACUGGACAGGUGAUUAUUAGUUGACUGUCUAGUAAAUAAUUCCACAGGGUCCAUGUCCAGGUCAUAUGGUCUUCUAGCUCUUCAUAAGUCCUGUCCUCUACGUUUGAAGGGCCUGCUGUCAAGGCAUGCUUGUUUGAGCCCUGUACCAGUGCCAGCAUGCAGAAAUGCCACAGCGCCAGGAGUCUCCAAUAAACCCAGAGCCUUUUUGCACGUUUUCAGCAGACAGUGGAAACAGAGUUUACAAUCCAGGGUGGUAAAACAAUGACGUUAGACUUGAUUUGGAGGUACUCAGGUACAGAACAGAUCACAUGUGCCAAAAUGUUGUGUUUUUUGACCUCAAAUUCACCCUGCUUUCCAAAGGCCUGUCCACUUUUCAGAGUAGCAUUGUUCAAUUUCUGAUGAACUCUCAACAAGUUGCAUUCUCUGCUAGGACAAAGUACUCCCUAUCAAUGUAGAAUGCUCAUUCUGUUUUUCCGCAAGUUGUGUCCCAUAUUUCUAGUGCAUAAUUCUGAAUAUUGUAUGGUUGUUUUGAUUUUUCUGAUAUUUGGCAACAAAACAACCUGUUCAUUCAGUAAUAAAUGCUACUCUUGUGAACAGGACCAGGCCGACCUUAUCCAGAGUGUCCUGCAGACCCCAUUCAGGUUCACAGAUGCUUAUUUUCUGAUCAAACCUAUUUGUACAGCAGAGUAUGAGAAAUGAAAAAGCAGAAAUCAAACUCUAUGAACUCAGCGGUGCCCUACACAGUAUACAAGUCGUAUAAUUACAAGUUAGCAUACUUAAAAUGACAAAAGUCAAAUGUAAGAGCCUAGUCCAUACAUUUGUCUAGGUUCUUUAUGGUCAGAUUUGUAAUUACUCAGUAUGUGCCAAUGAAGAGUCAUAUUAUUGUUACUUUGUUACAGUUCAUUUUUCAAAUGCUGCUCUCUAUGCCGUUAUGCAUCUGAAAACACUAAAGUUUGGGCGGAAAUUAGAUAAAAAGUUUUGUCAUUUGGCAUGGCAGGCUGAAAAUGGGGAUGUAGUUUUAGAUGUGAUUUAGCUGUACCUAUUUUUGAUAGAACAAAGCCCCACUCAGCACGUUGUUGAUGUUGAAUACUGAUUACGUGUAGAUUAAUGAUGCUAACUUAUUCAUUUCUUCUCACAGAGAAGAGUACUGUACAGCAAGUGUCCUGUGAUAGUAAUAGCACAUCCUGUAAUGUGAUUGCACUUUUAGCUUAAGAGUAGAGGGGAGUCAGCUCGAAGAGUAGAUUGGGCAUCCUGACGUCCUGAUAGUUUUAGGAUUAUCUAACAUGUAUAUGGACAAAGUUAAGGGAGCAAUAAGCAGUGUUUAACCUCAUAUAAAGCAUUAAUAUAAUCUAAAUAGGUAUUAGUAUUAUUUCAUUUUAUUUAGUAGGCAGUGGCCUACAAAUGGUAGGAAAUGACCUUCGCUUGCAAGUGAUCAUGUAGGUUACAUUCUGUCCUGAUGUGACUGUAGAUCGUAACACUAUGGACAGCCUUACUACUUGCAUGAGUAUAACACAGAAGGGUUACUUAUUGCUUGGUUAUCUCAUAUAUUAUUUCUAUGUACCCUUGAUUUAACUUAUGCAUAAUCUUUGAACAAGACAGUAAAAACUGAGUAGUUCUUGAUAGUCUGGUGGUAGAUUACAGUACACAGGAUAUUCCAAUGACAUUCAAACCACUUUAAGCAGUUUCUAAACCUGAGCCAGUUUAAUACAGUGCAGUUGAGUAAAGUGCCCUUACUGUACUACCACUGCCGCUGCCAUUCUAACUGACCGCUAGCAUUAGAUAUUAUAUAGUAAUUUAUACUCAAUAUCUUACAGUACUUAUCUGUACAAUAUCUUGUACAGGAUACAGUAGUUUACCUUCGUAUGUGCAUUUUAUGCAUGUACAAUAUCUAAUUAUAUGGGGCCUUGUACUGUAUAUACAUUGGCAGUUAAAAUAAAUUGCAAAAAUAACACACUUCAUAAAUUUCAUGCUUGAAAUAACCAACAUUAUCUCUUUUCAGUUUAAAUUUCUUUCACACCUCCAGAUCCCAGACAAUGGAGACCAGAAGGCUGAGACCAUGUGUGUCAUUGCUUUAAUUUUGCAUUCUAAUUUAAAACAAGUUAUAUUAACAGUAUAAUCAUUUGAAUGAAACGUAAAAUCUUUGCAAUAUUUGCAUGAAUUUUAGAAUUCCUUAGAAUUUGAUGUCCCUCUUUUUCUUUAAUGACCGUGUGCACUUAUGGAUGAGUAGAUCGAAACCAUCUGAGAGUCUCAAUGGAAGGAAUCUGACCUUAUCUACAAAAUCCAAGAUUUUCAGUGAUCUCAGACUUUGGGACCCCACAGUAUGUAUCUACUGCUUUACUAUGUAGUGGUCUCAGACUUUGGGACCCCACAGUAUGUAUCUACUGCUUUACUAUGUAGUGGUCUCAGACUUUGGGACCCCACAGUAUGUACCUACUGCUUUACUAUGUAGUGGUCUCAGACUUUGGGACCCCACAGUAUGUACCUUCUGCUUUACUAUGUAGUGGUCUCAGACUUUGGGACCCCACAGUAUGUACCUUCUGCUUUACUAUGUAGUGGUCUCAGACUUUGGGACUCCAGAGUGUGUACCUACUGCUUCGCUGUAUAUUGGUCUCAGACUUUGAGACCCCAAAGUAUUUACCUACUGCUUUACUAUGUAGUGGUCUCAGACUUUGGGACUCCACAUUGUCUACCUACUGCUUUACUGUACAGCGGACUUAAGACUCCCUGUUUGGUUUCCUAGAGUUAUGUUCCUGCCGAGCUACAUGUCUGUUUGCUGCGUUCACUUCAUGUUUUCUAAUGAGCUAAAAAUACACAGUCAGAGCCAUGGUGCUAUACUGUGUGCAUUCUAGUGUUAGGAUUUUUGCUUUUACUGGUUGAUGGAGUUUUGUUCAAAGCCAGGAAUCCUCUUGGAUGAUUAAAACAAAUGAUCAUAGAAAACCCUUUUGUUCCAACACUGAAUAGAUUUAUUUAAGACAAACAUGGUUAUUAACUGAAGUCCCCACAGUUUAUGCUGAUAUGUAAUCAUAUGCCUGUUGUGUAUUGUAGCUAAUGCUCAGGGUCCCUUUUCUCAUGCUGUCAGUUUGUGACAUAUCAUGUUCAUUUUGAACAAAUUAUUGCCACAUCGUUAGUCUGCGUUUCACUUCAGUUGUUAUGACGCUGUAUAAACAUGUUCCUUUUUUAUUUCACUCUGUGCAUUGCUUUCAAGGUUGUGUUUGAUGACUAUGCCUUAAAUUUUACUGGUUAGAUUUCUUGAUUGACAGUACUCAUUUUAUGUUUGAUGGAGUCUGAAUAGUUAAAAAAAAAACACUCUUCCACAUAAAGUCUAUAGAGUUUUUAGGUUAUAAUGAUAAGUGAUGCGAUGCAGACAGAUGAUGAUCUCCCUUCAGAUUCUACUGUAAAAAUAAAUCACUUUUUUUCCUGCUGCUUCUGUCCCAGUAAACCCAGCUUUAUUCUGGCAACUCCUCUCUGCAGGGGACCUUUCCUUCUUGUAGGUUACAGUUCAUGCACAUUCAUGAGAAGGCUUGUUAGUAAUACAAAUGGAUGAAUAUAUAAUCUAGAAUAAAUGACAACCAUUUACUAUGCAAACGUGUACAGUGCUGCAUGCUGACGCUUUACCUCCCUCUGCAACCUAGCAGCUUCAUUGGAGUUCUGUUGAAAUUGUGGUUUUAUUAUUUUCGUGAAGGUUGACGUUCGAGGCCAAUGCAACAGUGCAUGCAUUCAGUUCCAUUUCGAUGAAUCAAAUGAAAGGAAAAUGGUACGUUUUCGGAGAGGGUGGGGAAAUAUCUAUGUAAAGAAAAAACAAAAUGAUCAAAUGAAUUGAGCUGCAUUUGUUAUCGUUUUCUUUUGUAAAAUAAAUUUGAGCCUAUAAGAUCUUA